AUGUCUCCAGAUCCCAAAUCUAACACUUCUUUUGACGCCGCCUCUAUUUCUGCCUCUUCACUCAUGAGCGAGAAGGAAAGAGCCCAAGCUGAGGGCUCUCAAAGGAAGCCUAAAGAGUCUCUAGUCAAAAGAGUCGUGAAAGCGAUCAAGAACAUCGAACCUCCUGAGCCCAGGAUCCCAGAGGGCCGACGUGAAACUCUGCCUGCUUGGGCCAGAUGA